CUCUUUGCCACAUACCCUACGACUAUCAAAUCUCUCCUAAAUCCUACAAGCUUGCUCUGGAUUAUCUUCACAUUAUGGGUCGCGAAGGGCAUAAAGAAUGGUCAUUACUGCUUACCUCUAACCCAUAAGCUAUAUGGAAAGGUGGUCAGGGUCGCGCCAAAUAUUGUCUCUGUGGCCGAUAAAGACAUGAUUCGAGAGAUCUUAGUGACAACUGACUACCCCAAGAGCGCCAUUUACCAAGUCUUUGAUUUUGACGGCAUGAAAACCUAUUCUCAGCCCGCAACAAGAGCUUCUAUAAGAGCCGACUUCGGCCUGCAAUACCUUCAGUCUGUUGAGACUCUUAUGCAUAAAUGCAUUGAUGGCCUUCUACAAGAGAUCGAUGACCGAUUUGGCCAAUCCUUUGAGACGAUCAAGGAUGAUGCUCACCCGGUCCCUCACCAGCUAGAAAAGACAAUCAAGCAAAUGAUGCAACAAACGUUCAUUCCAUGGAUGAAAUAUAUAGACCCAUUCGAUUUUUUCUUUAGAGAUUUUGGUGCUGCUUGUGUCAAGCAGCGUAAGGCUAGUGGAGAGGCGGGGCGUCGUGUAGACCUGCUACAGAGAGAGGACAGUAAUGGCGGUAGCAAGCAUGAGGACAUGGCUUGUGAGGAAUUUACAGAUAAGCUGAUCAAGCUGAGAUCAGAGCUUGACCUCGCAACCGCUACUAAUCCCUGUGGAUCUCUACCUACUUAUGAGCAAAUCCGCAAGCUUCCAUAUCUGACAGGAUGCAUCAACGAGUCCAUGCGACUCCGUCCUACUGCCGCUCUAGGUAUACCACGAGACGUUGAUGAAGAUGUAGUCAUAAAUAACUAUUAUUUUCCAAAGGGAACAAGUAUAGGAAUACUUUCCACAGGCGGCGAGUACAUUCCAGAGCGCUGGAUUCCUGAUGAGUCACCUUUUCCGCCUGUUCAGGACUUUACAUAUUACCCUUUCUCUGCAGGUAGUCUGUCU